AUGCGUCGCUGCCGUGUGCAAAGCUGCCGCGAUGUCUACCUCGGCCUUGCCCUUGACGGCGACGUUGCGAACCUCAACCCGCUGUCCCUCCAGGUGCUGGGCACCGAGCUCAUAGCGAUCGCGCGGCACAUCAUGCCGCGCACGGCCGCGGCGCCUUCAUCGGUUCGAUUGGCUGAUGGCCCGAUGGCAACCCAUGCUGCUAUGUUUAGGAACCCUAGCAGGGGAAAGGUACUGGAGAUUCCAGGAUGCAAGGCAGGCAGUGGUCACGAGAAACUCUCCCUCCUCCUAGACGUCCCAAGCCAAGCCACAGAUAGGUCCCGCCUAACCAACGCCAUCAACGCACAACCCCGCAAGUCUCCCCUAACUCCUGACAGACGCACCACUGCACCCCAGAUCCAAGAUCGAAUGGAUUCCAACCACCCCGAUGUGCUCCGUGACCUGAUCGUCGACCAGGCCCGCCAGAUCAUGCUCCUAAAGGCCAAAAACGCGGAGCUCCAGCGCUCAGUAAACCGCCAGGCCGAACCACCCUCCCCAUAUAUUAACAUAGAGAAGGGACGCCCUCCUCCUAACCUUCCUGAUCUUUCCUACCCACCAGCAUACCCAGACUACUCCAACUACAAUAGCAGACCCCUCCCCGUCCACGGCCCAAAUACAGCAGGCCACCGCAUCUACCUCGGCCUCGUCCGCGCCACCGACGUCGCGGCCCUCGGCAUGCACGCCCUCAAGGAACUAGACGACGGGCUCAAAGCGAUCGCGCAUUGCCUCGUCCCACGCGCCUACGGGGCACCUGAAAGUGGCGUGUUCACGCAGGCCGCCGCCGACAUGGUCGCGCUGCUCAACAGGGUGUCGCUGCGGCCUGAGCCGCUGCCAGGCUUACCGGCCGCCCAUGCUGCAGAGUUUAGGAACUCCAACAGGGGACGGUACUUGAGGCUUUGGGAUGCAAGGCAGAGACAGUUCACGUUUAUUCCGGAGGAGAAUAGGAGGCAUGUGUUGUAUUUUGAGACGUUUUUGCAGCUGCUGCUCUUUCGUGGGAUUGAUGCUGAGGCAUUGCCUCUAUCCAUUUGUACUUCGGCCGAUUCUAUGUAG